GGCAGGGCUUCCUGUAUGCUGCUGCCGCCCGGUGUCCAUGGCCCGCACCCCAAGCUGCCACUGCAGCAGUCACAGUGGCAGCUGGAGGCUCGGUCCAUGCCGUGCUCCCUGGACAGCACUGGCGAGGCUGAGCAAGAGGCCUCAGCAUCUUGACACCUAGGAGAGCAGGGACGGAGUCUCCUCAGGGUGGAGGACCAUGCUGCGCCGCAAGCCCUCCAACGCCAGUGAGAAGGAGCCCACUCAGAAGAAAAAGCUCUCCCUUCAGCGCUCCAGCAGCUUCAAGGAUUUUGCCAAAUCCAAACCCAGCUCCCCUGUUGUGAGCGAGAAGGAAUUUAAUCUGGAUGAUAACAUUCCAGAAGAUGACUCAGGUAUCCCUACCCCAGAGGAUGCUGGAAAGAGCGGCAAAAAGCUGGGGAAGAAGUGGAGGGCAGUGAUUUCCCGAACCAUGAACAGGAAGAUGGGCAAGAUGAUGGUGAAGGCCUUGUCAGAGGAGAUGGGAGACACUCUGGAGGAGGGCUCAGCCUCCCCAACGUCCCCAGAAGGCAGCCUGGACAGCCCCGGCCCUGAGAAGAUGGUGCUACCCUUUUCAGAGCAGGAAGAGCGGGAACACUUGGCGCUCAGCCGCCAGGCCUCGACGGGCAGUGAGCUCUGCAGCCCCAGCCCAGGCUCUGGCAGCUUCGGGGAGGAACCACCUGCCCCCCAGUACACAGGGCCCUUCUGUGGCCGGGCACGAGUCCAUACCGACUUCACUCCCAGCCCCUAUGACCACGACUCGCUGAAACUGCAGAAAGGAGAUAUGAUCCAGAUCAUUGAAAAGCCACCCGUGGGCACGUGGCUGGGCCUGCUAAAUGGCAAGCUGGGCUCUUUCAAAUUCAUCUAUGUGGAUGUGCUGCCUGAGGAGGCUGUGGGGCCUGCCCGCCCCAGCCGCCGACAGAGCAAGGGCAAGAGGCCCAAGCCUAAGACUCUGCACGAGCUGCUGGAGCGCAUCGGCUUGGAGGAGCAUACGUCCACCCUGCUGCUCAAUGGCUACCAGACACUGGAGGACUUCAAAGAGCUGCGGGAAACACACCUCAAUGAGCUGAACAUCAUGGACCCACAGCACCGGGCCAAGCUGCUCACAGCUGCUGAGCUGCUGCUGGACUAUGACACUGGCAGUGAGGAGGCAGAAGAAGGUGCCGAGAGUAGCCAGGAGCCAAUGGCACACACAAUGUCAGAGCCCAAGGUGGACAUCCCACGCGACUCCGGCUGCUUCGAGGGCUCAGAGAGCGGGCGCGAUGAGGCAGAGCUGGCAGGCACCGAGGAGCAGCUGCAGGGCCUCUCCCUGGCCGGGGCACCUUGAGGUGGAGAUGGUGCAGGCUGAGGCUGGGCCCAAGCUAUAAAGGCUGCGGUGAUGGGCCCCGCCUCCCGUGGCAGCCCAGGCCCAGAGGACUGGCGCCAAGCCUGGCCCUGCUUCCCCAGGGGCACUUAGGGCCACAGAGGCUGGACCAAAGCCCUAUAGGCUCAGCAGGAGUGGAUGAGGAGCCGCCCGAGGGCAUAUCCCGCGUGCCCAACCCCCUCCUUCCACCAGAGACUGACAGCACAGCCCCUCCCGGCACCGCCUGCCAUGGCCACGGCCACGGCCACAGCAAGUAGGGUGCAGAGGGACCCUGCUCAUGCUCCUCACCACCAAGGCCCCCAAACCCUCCUUGCCCCACACCACCUACCCCUGUCAGAGUGCUCCUAAAAAAGGGGGCCAAGCCAAUGUUUCAGGUAAGUGUUAACACCCCAGGGAAGCUGGCCAUUUGAAAGGACUCCUGUUAAUCAUGGAUGGAUCCAGAUUUCCCUAAAUAAGGUUUGAAGAAAGCCACAAAUACUAUUCCCACUUUCCUUCUCCUUAACUUUCUUAGAGACUUGGCCACUAAAUUACCGUGAGACCUGAACCAAGUGCCUUCCCCUUAGGACUUGUUGGAGUUAGAAUGGGUAGUCACUGAAGGCCUUGCCAACUCUGACAUUCUGUGACAUUAAGUGUCUGCUCUCCUGUUACCUGUGGACCUGGACACCAGUGGGGUUUACUGAGGGGGCCGGAGGGGCCUCAGGCUUCCAAAUGAAAUGGCUCCUCCUGCUCAUCCAUUUCAUCCCUCUCCAUGUAACUCAAGCCAAGCUGCAUCUUCCCCCAGCUUAAAACAAUGCCCGUACCUCAUACGAUAUGUAUGCGCCCUUUCAUUCCUGGCCCCUUCAAAGAAGACUGCCCGCGAGGCUGAUGGCAAAUGUUCAGACCUGGCUUCCCAGGACAGAACUGCCCUCCGAAGCCAGAUGCAGGUCAGGGUCCAGACUUGGCCACUUCUGUGGGUCCUUACAAGCAAAGAAAGCACUAAGCUUGACACUGGGGACUCAGCUACCCCAACUUUGCUUUGCCAAUGGUUUUGAUGUACCCUGAGCUCCUAGAGAAAAGGAGACUAUCUAUUAGUAGAGGCCUCCCUUGACCCCAGUACCAAGUCUGUGCCCUGAAUCUCCAGAGUAGCCUUCCCUGGUGCCCAAUUGGCCUGGGGACAAACAGUACCCACUAACUACAUCUAGGACUGCCUGCUUAGUGGACACACUUCUCGAACUACUACCAGGGACUAUGGUAAAAACUAGCUUUGGGGAAGGGGUUGAAUGUAAAUAUGAGGGGGUGGAGGGAGACAAGUUGGUAGCAAUAAAUAUGGGUAGAAUUAAA